AUGGCGAUCGAGAAUUAUGAACCACGCGCCACCGGACGUAUCGUUGGUGGUAGGGAUGUAGAAAUCCGAGAGUUUCCGUAUCAACUAUCAUUGCAAAAUAAUGGGUACCAUAUCUGUGGAGCCUCGGUAGUGGCAAGCCGUUUAGCAUUAACCGCCGGUCAUUGCUGCAUCGGAACCGAAGUGGCGAAUCUCACCAUACGCGGAGGAAGUACAUUCCACGAGGAGGGUGGUAUAGUGUUUUUAGUCAACCGGAUUUUCAUUCAUCCUCAAUAUGAUGAUGCGAAUCUAAACAACGAUGUGUGCCUGCUCCGGAUCAUUGGGACAUUCACGAAACACCCAGACAUAGCAAUCAUACAAAUCACCAAUAGCGCAACCAUUCCCGGCGGUGACCAGGGAACCGUUUCUGGCUGGGGUGCAGUGGAAACGAAUGGAAACGCGUCGCCGAAUCUACGUGCGACAAAGGUGAAAAUUCUGACCCCGACCCAGUGCAAUAAGCAGAUUCAGAAUUACGCUACCCCCACAGCAAGCAUGCUUUGCGCCGGUAAUGUGGGAAGCUCCAUCUGUGUCGGCGAUAGUGGAGGUCCUUUGGUGUACGAGCAGCGUCAAAUAGCGAUCGUGUCGUUCAUCGUAAACGAGUGCGGGGGGCCCUUCCCGGCAGUUUACACGCGCCUGUCCAACAAAAGUGUGCGGGAUUUCAUUAGACAGCAGAUUUCCAACGACCAGGUACGGCAAUUGUUGGUGAGCGAAAGAAUGUGA